CCUUGUCUUUCACACUGCCGUUUUGGAUUUCUUUGCCCCAUCCCGUCUUGUGAUUUGUGCUAGUAAUCGGACGGCUUUUGAUCUGCACGCACCAUUUCGCAAACUCGUUUAGAGUUUAGUGCACGAACAGCAGGGGGAUUCUUAACCUGUCCAUUCUUCUUGAUCAUCCCGUGUUGUCCGUGAUUGCAACUUUUCAAACAUGGAGGCCGCUUUCGCAAAGACACCUCAAGAGGUGCUCAAGUUUCUAAAGGUUGAAAAAGAGAAAGGGCUGACAUCCAAAGAGGCGGAGAAGAGACUAGCCGAGUACGGUUCAAAUGAGCUACCAGAAGAGCCCCCAACACCUAUUUGGGAACUAAUUCUUGAGCAGUUCAAAGACCAGCUCGUGAUUAUCCUCCUCGUGGCCGCAGCAAUCUCUUUUGUUCUCGCGUUUUUGGAAACAGACGAAAAAGAGGCUGGAACGGCCUACGUGGAGCCGAUUGUGAUUCUGUUGAUCUUGAUUGCGAAUGCGGUAGUUGGUGUUGUUCAGGAGACCAAUGCGGAGCGCGCCAUUGAAGCUUUGCAAGAGUACUCACCCGAUGAAGCCAAAGUCGUCAGAAAUGGAUCGAUCCAAAAGAUCAACGCACGCGAUCUCGUUCCUGGAGACAUUGUUCAUCUGGCCGUCGGGGAUAAAAUCCCGGCGGAUUGUCGCCUGCUUCAUAUUGUCUCGUCGUCUUUCAAAACCGACCAAUCUAUUUUGACUGGUGAAGCUGUCUCUGUCAGCAAAGAGCCCAAUGUGGUCGUCAAGGAUGAGCGAGCGGUAAAGCAGGAUCAAAUCAACAUGCUCUUUUCGGGUACAACAGUCACAAUUGGCAAAGCUGUCGCUGUGGUUGUUCAGACCGGUACGGACACUGCCAUUGGAGAAAUUCAUCAGUCAAUCACUUCUCAGGUGGAUGAGAAGACACCCUUGAAGCAACAGCUCGAUGACUUUGGUGACCAACUUGCACGUAUUAUCUCGAUCAUUUGUAUUUUGGUUUGGGCGAUCAACAUCCGUCACUUUACGGACGAAGCUUUCCAUGGCAGCUGGAUCAAAGGGGCCAUCUAUUACUUCAAAAUUGCCGUUGCUCUUGCAGUCGCCGCUAUUCCCGAAGGUCUUGCCGUCAUUAUCACCACUUGCCUUGCUCUUGGUACCAAGAAGAUGGCGAAUCAGGGCGCAAUUGUUCGAAAAUUGCGUAGUGUUGAGACCCUUGGUUGUACCAGCGUGAUUUGCUCUGACAAAACGGGAACGUUGACAACAAACCAAAUGAGCGUUCGUCGAUUGAUCGUAUGGGACUCCCUUGCCGAAGCCUCCGAGUUGCAAGUUGAAGGUACUACUUAUGGACCUGAAGGUCGCGUCCUCCAUAAGCAGCAGCCAGCAGACCGUAAUCUCUUGGCGAAGAACUCUAGCCUGAACGAACUAGCUCAUAUUUGUGCACUUUGCAACGAUUCAAAGAUUAUUUUCGAUGAGACCUCAGAUGCAUACCAAAAGAUUGGGGAACCGACGGAGGCGGCGUUGAAGACGCUGGUUGAGAAACUUGGAACUGAUAACGCCGAUAUCAAUAAUCGGAUUCCUUUUAUUGCGGAUACCCAUGCUUUGGCUCAGCUCUCGACAUCAGAAAAAGUGAAACGUAUAUCUCAAGUGAGCGACUAUAUUGAAGCCAAGUACAACCGGGUUGCCACACUGGAAUUUUCGCGUGAUCGCAAGUCCAUGUCUGUGCUCGUCGAGAGACUAGAUGGUGCUGCAGGCCUCGGUUCGAGGAGCCCCGCUGCCGGUAGCAAAUCUUUGUUCGUCAAGGGUGCUCCCGAGCAGGUUUUGGAACGAUGCGCGUACAUUCGUCUCUCGAGCACUGGCGAGGCGACUCCCUUGAAUAACCAGCUCCGGGAGAAGAUUUUGAAAAAGGUUGCUGACUGGGGUGAAGGUGAAGCAUUGCGUGUGCUUGCAUUUGCAACAGUGGACAAGCCCGCUGUGCCCGAGAAGGUCGACCCCGCCGCAUACGCAAGUUACGAAACGAACAUGACCUUUGUAGGUCUCGUCGGUAUGAUGGAUCCCCCUCGCCCUGAAGUGCGCGAAUCCAUUCGCAAGUGUAAAGCUGCGGGUAUCCGCGUCAUUGUUAUCACUGGAGACAAUAAAAAGACAGCAGAGUCCAUUUGCCGUCAGAUUGGUGUCUUUGGGGACAAGGAGGACAUUGCACGUAAGAGCUACACUGGUCGCGAGUUUGACGAUAUGUCCCCGAAGGAACGGAUCGAGGCUGUCCACCGUGCCAAUCUCUUCUCUCGGACCGAACCUACCCACAAGCAACAGCUCGUUGAUCUGCUCAAGGGCGAAGGCUUUAUUGUGGCCAUGACUGGCGAUGGUGUGAACGACGCCCCUGCGCUCAAGAAAGCUGAUAUUGGUAUUGCAAUGGGUACUGGAACGGAUGUGGCGAAACUUGCUAGUGACAUGGUACUCGCUGACGACAACUUUGCGACCAUUGUGAGUGCCGUUGAGGAAGGACGCAGUAUUUAUUCGAACACGAAGCAAUUCAUUCGGUAUUUGAUUAGUUCCAAUAUUGGAGAGGUCGUUAGUAUCUUCUUGACCGUUAUUCUCGGCAUGCCUGAGGCCUUGAUUCCCGUACAGCUUUUAUGGGUCAACCUGGUCACUGAUGGUCUUCCGGCCACGGCUCUUGGGUUCAACCCUCCUGAUAACGACAUCAUGCGCCGUCCUCCUCGUGAUCCGAAGGAGCCUAUUGUGACCAAGUGGUUGUUCGUUCGAUACAUGGUUGUAGGAACUUAUGUUGGCGCUGCGACCAUUUUCGGAUACGCCUGGUGGUUCAUGUUCUACACUGGUGGUCCGCAGAUUACGUUUACGCAACUGACAAACUUCCACAAAUGCAGCACUCUGUUCCCUGAAAUUGGCUGCGACAUUUUCUACAACAGUUUCUCUCAGCGGGCGACCACCAUGUCGUUGAGUAUUUUGGUUGUGGUGGAAAUGUUCAACGCGAUGAACAGUUUAUCUGAGAACGAGUCCCUCCUGACUUUCCCGUUGUGGAAGAACUUGUACCUUUGCAUUGCCGUUGUUAUCUCCAUGGCAUUGCACUUUAUGAUUUUGUAUGUCCCGUUUUUCUCGACGCUUUUCUCGAUCACUCCACUCAACUGGGAAGAGUGGCAAGCCGUGUUGUGGAUCUCGGCACCCGUCUUGAUUGUGGACGAGGUACUCAAAUUCAUUAGUAGGAAUUUUGUUGUCCCUUCCCCAAGGAAGGUGAAAGCAGAAUAAGGGCAUUUAGUUGGCGAAUGGACUAUCUUGGGGAAAAUAGAUGGGCCAGAGGGGGGGAUAAAAUGCUGGGGGGGCUCUUUAUUUUUUUUUGUGAUACAGACGAAGGCCCUUUCUUUUGGACUGAGAAGGUGAAUGAAGAGGAAGGGUGGGAGGAAGACGUGUAUAUUAUAGAAGGAUUUGAAAAAUGAGCGAAUAGUCAAACAGAUA